AUGUCCUCACCGAAUCCAAAAGCUUUCCCAUUAGCCGAUUCAGCUUUGACCCAGCAGAUUUUGGAUGUUGUUCAACAAGCACAGAAUUUGAGACAAUUGAAGAAGGGGGCCAAUGAGGCCACCAAGACGUUGAAUAGAGGUAUUUCGGAGUUUAUAAUCAUGGCUGCUGACGCUGAGCCUAUUGAGAUUUUAUUGCAUUUGCCGUUAUUGUGCGAGGAUAAGAAUGUUCCAUAUGUGUUUGUUCCAAGCAAGGCUGCUUUGGGUAGAGCGUGCGGUGUUUCGAGGCCGGUCAUUUCUGCUUCUGUGACAACAAAUGACGCCUCUUCUAUCAAGAACCAAAUUUACGGUAUCAAAGACAAAAUUGAAACUUUGUUGAUAUAG